AUGGACGAAGGAAUGUCAGGUUUUUAUGUUAAAGGAGGAGGUGGAGGAGGUAAUAACAGAGUUAUUAAUGGUGGAGGAACAAAGUGUGGACGUUGGAAUCCAACUUCAGAACAGGUUAAAGUUCUGACCGAUCUGUUCAGAUCUGGACUCCGAACUCCAACCACUGACCAGAUCCAAAAGAUUUCUUCUCAACUUAGCUUUUAUGGGAAGAUCGAGAGUAAGAACGUCUUCUACUGGUUCCAAAACCAUAAAGCCAGAGAAAGACAGAAACGAAGGAGAGUUUCCAUUGAAGAUUGCGAUCCAUUUGACAAAGCAGAGAAGGUGUUCCCUGCAAAACAUUCUGGAGAGGUUGAUCAGAUUUCAGAGACUGAAAGAGUGGUGGAGACGCUGCAACUGUUUCCAUUGAACUCGUACGAAGAUUCGGAUUCACAGAAGAUAAGAUUACUGAGAAACGAUCGGAAUGAGAUGAAGAUGUUUUCAUGUUCGAUGGGGAAAGAGAUUGAUCAUCCACAAUUAGAUCUUCGUUUAAGCUUUGUGUAA